CAUAUUUCAUUAUUAUGAGCUUUGAUAAAAUGUACUCUGUUGAUUCUAUUACUGGAGAUAUUCAUGUCAGCGCUAUUAAUGGAUCCAGUAAGAAUAAAUUUGACAAUGCAUCAAGAUAUAUUGACAUCGAAAUUGAUGUAGUUGAGAAUGUGCUUUACUACAUUGAUGACAAAGACAUCAAACGGGGAAAUUUUGACUUGACUAGAAACGAAAUUUUUGCAAAAAAUGUUUCUGUUCGUGACAUUACAGUUGACUGGAUUGGUCGUCGUAUCUUUUACAUUGACUCCACGAACAUUAUCUACCAAAUUUGUUUGAAAACGAAAAUUACAAGUUUUAUGAGGCUUCAACCAGGCUUUCAAUUUUCGAGCAUUGCAUUUGACUCAAAACAUGGGUAUCUAUUCUUGGCAGAAAGUACAGAAGUUUUCUUAUGGUUAUGGAACAUGACUGCAAAUAAACAUCAUAUUCUUUCAGUUUCACUUCAGUCAAUAGCACAUGACCUAACGCUUGACAUGGCUAAAGAGAAGAUUUAUUGGCGAGUUUCAAACGGAAAUGUUUUCUUGUGAUUACUACUCCCACAAUGUAAUUGAUUUUGGAACUUCAGGACGUCCCAUGGCAGUAUUUGGGGAUUUCAUUUAUAUCAUGACUAGUGUCGGACAAAGUGUCGUUAGUGUCCAUAACACAACAGAUCAACGAACGAGACGUAAAUUUUCUCUUCCUGUAAACAAUGGUUAUCUUGAUUUGGCUGUAGCUAUACACAGUAUCACUCCUGACUCAAACGCGACAAACACUUCUCGCUUUCCUUUAUGUGGACCCUACACAUACUAUCGUAAAAUUAAUGGAACAUUGAACUGCACGUGUAUGAAAGGAUACCCAGGAGAAUGUAACUCUUGCCAAGUCAAAGAUUGCUCCGUGCUUUACAAGAAAGGUAAAAGAAAAAGCGGAAUCUACAAGAUUGAUCCGGACAAUCGAGGCAGUUUUAAUGUAUGGUGUGACAUGAAGACAUCUGGAGGUGGCUGGACCGUGUUUCAACGUCGUCUUGAUGGUAGUGUUAAUUUCUACAGAGGAUGGCAAGAUUACAAAAAUGGCUUUGGAAAUCUAACAUCAGAGUUUUGGCUUGGAUUAGAUAAAAUAAAUAGACUUACUUCUAGAAAAAAGAAUAGGCUUCGGAUUGACAUGGAAGACUUUACAGGAAACACAGCAUACGCCGAAUAUCAUAUCUUUUUAGUUGCAAGUGAAGGGCAGAAAUACAAGUUGGACCUUGGAACAUAUUCAGGAACUGCCGGUGAUUCGUUCACUCCCCAUAAAGGAAUGGCAUUUUCUACAAAAGACUCUGACAACGAUAAAAAACUUGGCAAUUGUGCAAGCUUGUAUAAAGCCGCAUGGUGGUAUAAAAGUUGUCAUGCUUCUAAUUUAAACGGGAUCUAUCAUCAUGGUAAACACUCCUCAUAUGCUGAUGGUAUCAAUUGGAAUAGGUGGAAAGGCCAAUACUACUCCUUAAAAUCCACUUCCAUGAAAAUACGACCUCGUAAUUUCAUGGAAGAUUGCUCAGAGCUUUACAAGAAUUCUAAAAGAAAAAGCGGAAUCUACAAGAUUGAUCCGGACAAUCGAGGCAGUUUUAAUGUAUGGUGUGACAUGAAGACAUCUGGAGGUGGCUGGACCGUGUUUCAACGUCGUCUUGAUGGUAGUGUUAAUUUCUACAGAGGAUGGAAAGAUUACAAAAAAGGCUUUGGAAAUCUAAAAUCAGAGUUUUGGCUUGGAUUAGAUAAAAUAAAUAGACUUACAUCUAGAAAAGACAAGAAACUUCGGAUUGACAUGGAAGACUUUACAGGAAACACGAGAUACGCCGAAUAUGAUUUCUUUUCUAUUGCAAGUGAAAGGCUGAAAUACAAGUUGGACCUUAGAACAUAUUCAGGUACAAAAUGCUGACAGAUAUCCAGUAGUCUAAUGAAAUUAAGGAAAAAAAGUUUUGUGAAUUUUAAACGUGACCGAGGCUUCCUAAAGUAUAUCUUUUCUCCAGACUUUAAACUUUCUUGUUGUUUUCAGUUUAUCAUUCAA